GGGGUCCCAGCGGCAGAACCAACCCUAAAACUCUGUGGAUCGGACCUGCACUGAUUAGACUUUUUUUUCGUUUCUUUUGAUUUUGUUUUUAUUUAUUUAGGACGGGGCUGCUUCAGGGUUCAAUGAUCACGUCAACCAGAAGAGUGUCUCCUGAUGCACCUGAAGUCCGAAUCUCCUUCAGCCUUGACCCCACAUCAGACGCACGAGAUGCCGACGAUAUCGUUCAAACGUUCCCAGAUCUCGAACAACGACUUCAGCCCGUGUCGCCGUGCGUGUCCCUGAAGGAGAGCGUGCACGUGUACAAGGAACACUGCAGGAUGGCGACGGAGUACCAUCAAGUCAAACACGACAUCGCCGCCCUGGAGGAGCGCAAGUGUCAGCUUCUGGCCGAGCUGGUGGAGGACCAGAAGGUGGCGGCCGAGAUCUCCCGCCUGGAAGACGAGUUCCGCCGUCUGUCGGAGGAAAACCGCACGCUAGUGACGACGCACGGUGAGCGGUCGCGCCAACUGCAGCGGCUACGCAGGCCCGACUCGUCCUGACCACACGCUCACCUGGAAACUCGAAAAUUCAUUUUUUUGGCAAAGACCCAAGCCGAAAAGUGACACUUGUCGGUUUUGUGCUGCGAUGUUGGCGGCCAUCUUUGUGGAAGCAGAGAUGAGCAUUUAAGUGUGCGUUAGCCGCUAGGUUAUUCUUUUUAAUGGUAGCUGCGUGGAGGCAGCGCGAGGUGCUGUGAUGUGGUCCAAACAGAGUUUAAGGCGGCAUUUCUGCAGGUAAAAAAUGGGCCUCGAUUAUAAGUGUGGACAGUUUGGGAUCUCCGAAUGCGCACGCCGCUCCAAGUCGGAGUGGCUUUAGGUUCAGGGGGUUUAGGUCAGGUUUGGGGUUACAUUUUUGGGAUUAUGGAUGGGUCACGGUUCAAUUUAGGAGGUUAGGGUUAGGAUUAGGUACUUUUAGCGUGAAAGGAUUGGUUUUAGGGUUUAGAUGAUCAUGGUUUGUGUUAUUACGGUUAGGUUUACAGUUGCAUUAUGGUUGGGGUGUUAGGUUUAGGGGAAUAUGCUCAGAGGUGGGAAGUGUCGUCGAAAAUUAUGCUUUACAGUAAUUUGACCCAAGAGAAAGUCAAAAGUGGUCCAUCAAAUAACUACUCACGUAAGAGUACUGUAUUUAUAGGGACAACAUAGUGCUCCAGUAACUGGUGUGUAAUUUUAUGAUUUAUUGUUUUUUUUUCAUCACUUCAUGAAAAUCAAAUUGACAUAAAUAUAAAAUGAGCACUAUUGGGACUUUCUAGACAAACUAGUUCAAUGUUCACUGUUCUAAAAAUGAACUAGUUCAGUUCAUAGUAGUUUAUAGUUCUUGUUUUUGUGGCUGACAGGCUAUUUCCUUUCAAAUAUGAUCUAAUUUCUUUAUCGUUGCCACCCGUUCAGUCUCCACUAGUAGCCGGCUGCAGCUGUCACACUCCAAUCUCAAAAACAUCUUGCAUCAAUAGUCCUUUUCCAAUGAGGAAAUAAAACCAAAACUGAAAUGUUGUCCUUCACGUAAAAGAACAAAAAAUAUGCAACACAAUGCGAAAGGAACUAUUGUGAAAGGACAAUGAUGACUACUCGUUACUAUGUUAUACACCUAACCCUAUUACACACUGUAAUUAACUAAAUAUUUUUCUUACAAAAAAACAAAAUUAAUCCCAUAUUAAGACUGUAUGAUUAUACAGUGUUUUAACUAAAGACAAUAUAUUCAUUGUAUUUAAAAUAAUAAAUAAUAAAAUAAUAAUUUUCCUGGUACACAGAAGUUUCCUAUUUUUUCCGCCCCCAAGAACACGUUCGAGCCCAUUUCUAUUUACAUUUACAUAAUGUCCCCGAACGCACCUGUGGCGGCUGGGUUGCCAAAUCUGACGUUUUGAUAUGAAGGCUCGUACAUAAUGUGUUGAGCCGGGUUUUGUCCCGGAAGUCUCGAACCAAACGGCGGAAAGAAAAGCGCGACAUGUUUUGCUUAAGUUCAAAGUGGUGCUCUUGUAGGCUGACGUUUUUAGGCAGGGACAGAUGACAAUGCAUCACAUAGCUGUUGUGGUUUUUGUGUGUGGCUGUAGUUUGCAAAAUGAACAUACAUUGAACGCGAGGCCAGCACUGCGAUCUCGGCGUCAGAAAAAUCCGUCACAUCGUAAACAUUUCGGCCGCCGUGGAGAAUUUGGUCAUGUGACUUCCUGGCUCCAUUUGAUUAGUUAGAUGAAGUUAAAUGUCGCUAGUGAUUGCCUUGGAUUUCCAAAACAUUCAUGUGCGAAGCGCCAGAAGCAGAAUUCUCUCUUUUGACCCCCCCACCCCAAAAAAAUAGAUGGCACAAUAACAAAGAAAAGUAGCUAGCUAGCUACUAGCUCAAUGUAACAUAGUAAAAGAAGCGUUUCUUCUUCACAAAAAUACUCAAGUAAAAGUUGAAAGUAUUUUGCAUUACAACUACUCUAACUAAUAAACUUUGCUCAGAAAAUUACUUGAGUAAAUAUAACCCCAUGACUGUAGCGCAUUUCUACCCACCUCUAAAUGGGUUGUUUUCACGUGACGUCACCCGUUUUGCUGCCUCGGGCAAAGAGAUGACGGCGGCCAUUUUAUUUCCCUGAGCUCGUUACUUGUACAUCGAGGAGAAGAACUUUUAAUAAGAUGCCGUAAAAUUAUCAGUAAUCAAGGUGAUGAAGCGCAAAUUCUCAGUGAACAUAGACGAAGGUUAUGUCAAAAGGCGCUCAAUCGUAGCCAGAGCCAGAAACAGAUGACGCUACGACAGAGAGCUAGCGUAGCUAGCCGGAAAGAGUAGGGAGCCGUAGGUUUAACAUCAGAAAUUGUAGUAAAUCGUGAGGACAGAUUGGUGGUCAUGCGGUGGGCUAUUAUGUUGCCUGGGUCGAUGAAAUUGGAGGUUUUCCUUCCUCCAAGAUUGUGACGUCGGCGUGGUUUGCAGGCAGCUGCUGCCUCUCUCAAGUUUGCUGUGUUUGGACACGCAGCUCGGGUAAGUCACGUCAUCUACAAACAAGAUUCAAGGCAUACAAUAAUAUAGUUCCUCCGCAUUUUACAGACUACAUAAUUUCGUUUCGCGUAUUUAAAAACCUCGUUAAUUUGGGUCUCAAAUGCUUACUCCAACUCACCGGACGGAUUCGAAUUGCAAAGAAGUUGUUAAAUGCACCUUUGUUGUUAGAAGUAAAUAUAUUUAAUAAUUAAUACACGUAGAUCUUAGUUGGCCUUUAGCUUAGCACGCAUUAAGUGGAAGCCUUCGAUCUUCAAAUGCAGAAGAUCUGUCAGUUAGCCGUCCUGGAAGAUCUUGUUGGUGUCCAUGGACCUGUAACGUUUGAACUGCAAUUUUGUGUCUCCAGAAAUUAAAAAUCAGGUAGUUUAACUGUACUGACUGUAGAGAAAUCUGUUAAUGGAAUUUCGUAAGGAUACCUUUUAAUGGCAAUGAUCUUCUCGUCAUACCACCUGCGGCUCUCAGCCGUCAGAGAGUUGUGGUCCGGUCCGGCAUUUACAUUGCCGAUCGCAGCAGUCAGGUCCUUAGGGACACCGCCAUUUGCCAUCACUACAGAAGUGUCUCCAUGGAAACCUUUAAAUCCGCUGUCUUCGGCGGCAGUCCUGAUUGUGGCGUGUAACUGGAUAUAAAGAUCUAGGGUGGAAAAAUGGCGGCGUGCAAGCGUGUAUGGGUAAUUAAGCAAAAAAAAUGUGACGUUGGUGAAAACAACCCGUAGCCUUUUGGUUCGGGUUUGGGUGAGGCUAUUGUUAGCUUUAAGGGGUUAGCAUUCGGUUAAUGUUUGUACAUUUAUCAGUACAUCAAAUCACAGUUGCGUAUGAGGAACUCAAGAGUAGAUGUAAAUAGUUGAAUAGUGGGGACACAAAAUCAGCCGAGCCCCUCCCUCUUAUUUGCGAGUCCACUUCCUGUCACGGCGAGGCGACCUUGCCGUUGGUUGUCGAGUGAAGGGCAUGGAAGCACUGAUGUGCAUCA